UUAGCAUUCGUGACUCGGGCUUAGAUUUGAGAGUGAGACAGACACACGAUAAUCGGAUACGAACAAGCACGGGAGUAGAAGAACGAGACUAGGUUUGUGCUAUACUUGCGUCCAGAGCGCGGCCAAACGUAUUUCUCGAAGUGCCCGUGGUCGUAUAGGGUAAUCAUGCGCUUUGGAGUGUCACAGUACAAUCCUCGCUCUCGUCCCUUAAAAGAAGACACCAACUCGAGAAAAACAGUGCUCAACACUUUGACUGUCUUCUUGCAUUCUUGGACAUGUAAACGUUUGCCGUUGUUACUAUUGACUACAGCAUGUUUGGCGUUGUUUGCACCAAGUUUCUACCUUUAUCUCAAGGACAGUCUCGGAUAUAGACGUUCGUUUUACCAACUGUCUGUUUUCGUGAAUGAGUCGUCAUUCAAACAAGUAUCAAGAAACGUGACUAACAGGCUCAACCGUGAAAACAUUACCAAUGAGCAGUCCACAGUAAACAUUAACAAGAAGCAGUCAACACUGUGGAAAGAAAGCGGAUGUGAAAGCAAGACACCUCUUCUUCUUUGUAACAGAGCACGAGGAGCUGCUAAAAGUACGGUGUAUAACGAGAUAUCAAGAGGUAUAGCUCUUGCCAACCAGACUGUGUUCUCAAAGUCUAAUGUUCUAGUGGAACGAGCGAGAUCAUGCGCUCUAGUCGGUUCAUCAGGAAGGCUUUUGAGUCAGAGACACGCUGAUGAUAUCGACGGACACGACGUUGUCAUACGACUAAACGACGCUCCAAUUUAUCCUUACGAGAAAUACGUUGGGAGACGUAUGCCUGAUGUUGCAAUUAUCAAUUUAGCCGUCUCACGUAAAGGAAAGUGUCUCCAAAACGUAAAGCCUAAAACACUUUUGGUUCAGUGUCAUCAUCCAGGUGGAAUUAGCACAAUUGGACGAUCCUGUGCAACACAUGGACCCGUCUAUGCAUUUUCUCGGCAUCUUAUUAGCACUGCUAACUCUCUUUUGUCAAACUACACGUUAAAACAUCGUCUUAAAGGUCUAAGGAGUCCAACAGCCGGAAUGUAUGCCGUCGUCUUUUCCUUACAUUUGUGCAAGGAGCUUGAUAUUUAUGGGUUUGGUGCCGGAAAGGGAGAGUUGUAUGCAUACUACAGAGAUCUUCUCACGCCCAGUACACACCAUUAUUUUGACUUGGAGGAAGAAUUUCUCAAAGAUAUUUCACACAACCUGACAACACCUGUUGACGUGUUGUGGAUGGGAUGCAACAAAGUAUCUUUCCAUCCCUGAUCAUAGUUAUCAUUACAAAACAAUUGUGUUAGGGAAUUCUCAGUAUGACAGAGACACGAUUUAAGGGCAGAUGCAAUUUACCUCAAGACCCUAACUUGUGCGUGUGUUAAAUUUGAUCUAGUCUUGAGGCUUUGUAAAAUUGUUCUAAUUUAAUUUGUUGUAAUGUUCGUUAUUUGGUGUCACAUUUAUCAUUUAUAUUAGUUGACCAUGGUCUUAAGAUUAUAUACAAAUGGUUAUAGCUAAAAGUAUAGAAGUAUAC